UGGCAAAAUGGACUUCAAAGUCGACGAGGACUGGGAAGAGUGGACGCCCGAGAAGGGCUCGUUCGUGCAUCACAUGCUCGCCGGCUCGGCCGCCGGCGUCGUCGAGCACGUCUCCAUCUUCCCCAUCGACACGAUCAAGACGCACAUGCAAUGCCAGCGCUGCCCCGUCAACUCGAACGCGAUCCGCAUGAAUGCGUUCCAAACAGCGAAGCGCCUCGUGGCCGAAGAUGGCCCACUGCGUCUCUUCCGUGGCGUCAGCACGAUGCUCGGCGCUAGCCUGCCCGCCCAUGCGCUCUACUUUUCCGUCUUUGAAGCAUGCAAAAAAUCCUUUGGCGCCGACGCGGCCGAGCUCACGCCGAUCGAGUCGGGUGCGGCCGGUGUCAUCGCUACCAUAACGCACGACCUCAUCAUGACGCCCAUGGACGUCAUCAAGCAGCGCCUGCAAUUGGGCUAUUACUCGGGCGUCGCCAACUGCAUGCAAACGAUGAUCCGGCAAGAAGGCCUUCGGGCGUUGUACAUUAGCUUUCCCACCACGUUCUUCAUGAACCUUCCCUACAGCAUGAUCAUGGUGUCGACGAACGAGUCGAUCAAGAAGGUCCUCAACCCGUCAGGCGAUAUCAACGUUGGCGCCUACGUCCUUUCGGGUGCCAUUGCCGGCGCAGUGGCUGGUGCGCUGACCAACCCGCUGGACGUGGCCAAGACGAGAUUACAGACGCAGAUGCUGUCGUUCGACCAGCCGUCGACGAUGCGCGGAUGCCCACAGAAGCUCAAAGGUCUCUCGCUCGACAAGCCGUCGUCGUGCCGGGUCAACGAACCCAAGAUCCACCAUAGUAGCAACGGACACCCGCGUCUGCAGUACCGGGGCCUCUUGGACGCAAUGCUGCAGAUCUACAAGCAGGAAGGCGUCAAGGCGUUCUUCCGUGGCGUUGGCCCCCGCGUCUGCGUCCACGCGCCGUCGGUGGCCGUGUCCUGGACGACCUUUGAAGUGCUCAAGAACGUCAUCGCGAGCGACGAGCAGUAGCUUCGGACGUACUACUCAAUCGUGUAUGUUGUGCAUAUCUGGCCCCGCCGAGCUGC